AUGGACCACUCUUACAUUACGGCUUUAACAAGACCUACCACGCCCUUAGAGGUAUGGACCAGUUCUGGCAACAUCUACAUAAUCACUGUCCUAUGUCCAACUACCAGGUUCCCCAUAGCAGUUCCCGUAAAGAACAUUACGGCUGCCACCGUUGUGAAACAGCUCCUGAAGAUCUUUACCCAGUAUGGAUCACCGAAGGAGAUACAGAGUGUUUGUGGCACCAACUUCACCAGUGAUCUCUUCAAAAAGACACUGGAGGAAUUCCACAUAACACAGGAUAUGCUGAAGGCCUGCACCGCUGAAGCUCCUUUCCUGUGCUCAGAGGGUAAACUGUACCUGCUGGUUGAUGUUGUAGCGACGGCGUCCUCAUUGUGGGUCUUGUUCGCCCAGGCAUUCAUGUCUCAUGUUGAAUCGUCCAUCAUGCAGAGGGAAGGGCUCAACCCUAGUAGCUACUGCAGACACGUCGACGACAUAUUCGUCUUUGUUGACAGCGAUAACACUUUGGAGAGUCUUUAUUUAAAGCUUCGAGAAGUCUCAGGCUUGAGGUUCACUGUUGAGAAAAAUGAAAGAGGAAGGAUUCCAUUCCUCGAUGUUCUCGUUGACGGUAACUCGGAUAUAUUUGUCACUGAUGUGUACCGUAAACCAACUGAUAAAAUGUAUGAACGGUAA